GUGCAAUGGAACAUGCUCUGUUCCUCUGAAGAAUUCUAAUGAAGAAAACAUAGCAACCUCUGCAUCCCAUUUGAAUUAAAUGCAACUCAAAGUGUCAAUUCCUCAAAAUCCCAGAUGGCUGUUCCUCGUAUUCCUCAUCUUCUUCUUCUCUCCCUCCCUCUCCGACCCUGAAACCGCCCUAGCCGGGCUUCUGUGCGGCUCCUCAAAGCAGGGCACCAUCCCGGACUUCCUUCCUAAUUUCAUUGUUGCAAUGGAUAAAGUCUCCAUGGAAGUCAAUGAAUCCAGGUGGGCAGCCCUGACUAUCACUUCGCCGGCUCCUAAGAUCUUCGCCUAUGCCCAGUGCUAUGACUUUCUCUCCCACGACGAUUGCAUAGCCUGUCACACUCAGAGCCGGACAGAGCUCCCCAGAUGCCUUCCUUCCAACUCAGCCCGCAUUUAUCUCGACGGUUGCUACCUUCGGUAUGAUAACUACAGCUUCUUUGACGAGGCGGUUGACAAACGCCGUGAUAUGGUGAAGUGUGGGAAUCCCGGCGGUGUUACCGGAGAUCAGUACAUCGGACGGGAAUUCAAGAAAACGGUUCGUAAAAUCAUUCAUAAUGUGACUAAGACAGCGGUGGGGACAAUGGGGUUCGCAGUGGCGGCGGAGCAGGGAGGUGUGGAGGGUGUUUAUGCAAUGGCUCAGUGCUGGAGGAGACUCAACCCUGAUGGCUGCAAGCAGUGCUUGUCCAAUGCAGUGAAGAAGGUGAUUAUGUGCGCGCCCGCCCCGGAGGGCCGGGUUAUGAAUGCUGGUUGUUUUUUGAGGUAUUCUACGGAUAAUUUCUUUGGCAAUGGCAAUGCCACUCUUAAUGCAACAUCAGAUUCGUGUGCCUUUGGCAUGAUCGUAGUAGGCAUUUUGUCAGCAUUUGGGUUAACUUUGAUUGCUCUCAUUGGUGCACUAUUAGGCUAUACGAGAUUAACAGGGACGAAAAGAGAGGGAAAAAACAAUCAUGCUGAAAUUCCAAUUUCUGUGCACAAGUCUAAUUUGAAUUUCAAGUAUGAAAUGCUCGAAGAGGCCACCGAUUCUUUUGAUGGCUCGAGGAAGCUAGGCCAAGGUGGAGCUGGUUCUGUGUUUAAGGGGACUCUCCCUGAUGGGACAAUUGUUGCAGUUAAAAGAUUGUUCUUCAAUACGCGGCAAUGGACGGAUGAGUUCUUCAAUGAGGUGAACUUGAUCAGAGGCAUUCGACACAAGAACCUUGUCAGGCUUCUGGGUUGCAGCAUUGAGGGCCCAGAAAGCCUUCUAGUUUAUGAAUACCUACCCAACAAAAGCCUCGAUCAAAUCCUUUUCAGUAAGAACACUUUCCUUCUCCUAACCUGGCAGAAGCGGUUUGAUAUCGUCUUUGGAACCGCAGACGGCCUCGCAUAUCUUCAUGGAGGUUGUGGAGAAAAAAUCAUCCACAGAGACAUUAAAGCCAGCAAUAUUCUCCUUGACGAGAAUCUCAUUCCAAAGAUCGCUGAUUUUGGCCUUGCCCGAUGCGUUGCGCCCGAUAAAUCUCAUAUUAGCACCGGAGUUGCAGGAACAUUGGGAUAUAUGGCUCCUGAAUAUCUUGUUCGAGGGCAGCUAACAGAGAAGGCAGAUGUUUACGCUUUUGGAGUUUUGGUUCUUGAGGUUGUAAGCGGUAGGAAGAACAGUGUUUUCUCACAAGGGUCGAGUUCAGUUUUGCUCUCUGUUUGGAGGCAUUACAAGGCAAACAAAAUCACUCAAUCUGUUGAUCCUGCCUUGAAAGGUAUAUAUUCUGAGAAAGAGGCCUCCAGCGUGCUGCAACUCGGGCUUCUUUGCACGCAAGCUUCUGCUGCACUAAGGCCAUCCAUGUUUGAAGUGGUUGAGAUGCUAAACAAUGAAGAAUGUGUCAUCCCCUCACCCAAACAACCUCCAUUCUUGAAUGCUAGUGUUCUAAGUUCGGAUGACAGCUCCACUACUAGUUAUACUACGAUGUAGCAAACAACAACUGAAUGAUUUUGUUCUUCUAACAAUUAAGUCCUGAAAUGGGAAACCGGCAGCUGAAGUGUCCACUUUUCUUUCAAGAUUUCAAGCAUUUGAGCCAAGCUAGAUUGGCCUCAAAUUCUCUAAAGAUUGGAGGAGAAUACUGAAUGUCGAUGUACUUUCAAUAUAUGCUAUCUUUGAGCAAAAGAUAAGGACCCAAUGCAAUUGUAUU